AACUUUUUGUGAGUGCAAAAUUUAUUUUGAUUUUGUUGUAGGGAGGAGUUUUUUAGCAAUAAAAAUGAAUAACUUUGAAAAUUCCGUACAAUUUGGUGAUAAACUGGAAAAGGAAACCGCAAAUCUUUCCCUGCUCAAAGAACGAGUUAAAAAAUACAAUGAGCUGACUGCUUCGAUGUCAACUAUCCUUACAACUUUUGAACAAAGAUUAGGAAAGCUGGAGCAAACCGUGCUGCCUGUUUACAACACCACCGAGCACCUUCAAAAACGGCAACAGAAUUUAGAUGCAACGCUGCAGUGUCUUGAUAUAGUCUUAUCGCACUAUGAGGUUUCUCAAUUGGUUUGUAAUCUCAUCCAUCAAGGGCCGACCGAAGGUAGCAUCGGGGUCUUCCUUGAAGCACUCAACAAACUACGUGAUGCAAUUGACUAUUUCAAGAACCAUAACUCACAAAGUGUUGAAUUGGAAAACGUUAGCAGCUUAUUCAACACUGGUUGCGAAAGUCUCUGCAAUCACUAUAGAAUGCUGCUAAAAAAGCAUAGUUAUGUCUUGAAACCAGUGGAUUUACUUGAUUUGAUUUAUAUAGAGGAUGAUUCUUCCAAUGAAGAUUAUAUUUCUCUAAAGCAACUCUCACAAAGUACACGCGAUGAGUUGACUACAAUAUCGCUGUGGCUGGAUCAGAAUUUGCGUAGAGAAUUCACAGUCAUCUAUGCAUCGGAAAGAAGUGAAAUUAUUUAUAGGUCGCUGCAGAACCUCAAAGAUCAUCAGAAGAGUGGAAGUUGGGGUAAUGAACCUUUGAGAACGCGUCACAGCAGUCGUGUUGAACCUAAAAAAACUACAUCAGCUCGCUUGCAACAAAUCUUUGAAAAGAAGGCAAAUAAGCUCUAUCUACGGGCUACUCAAACAAUCGAGCAAUCAACUGGAUUUUCUAUUAAGAAAACUGUAUCACAUUCCGAUCAUCUUUCAUCUGAGGAUUAUUUGGAUGGAGAUCAGGAGUUGGACAAGUAUAUUGUGUUGCUAUUAGGUCUGCAGCGUUUACUCGUCUGGGAGAGAAAUCUGAUGAACGAUAUAAUUCCAUCAUCAAAACACACUGAAGUUUUUUCGAGGCUAGCUCAAAACUCAAUUGAAUUGGUGGUAAAGGAUGCUGAGGCUAUUACUGGGAGAAUACUUCGUUGUAUUUCACGCAAAGAGUGGACCUCUGCCUUGGGAAUAUUUUCCGCUCUGAAGCGAGUUAUUUUACUGCAACCAGAUAUAGAACGUACUUGUGAUCCACAUCAAAAGGAUCAACUGACAAAAGUUCUUAAUCGACUUCAGCAAACAGGUUCGAAAGCACUUGAACACUUCUUAGAGGUGGUUAAAGGUGAAUCUGGUACAAAUUUAGUCGGAAUGAGUUCGAGCACACUUGGGUAUUCAACAGUUCCUAAAGAUGCUACUGUACAUGAGCUUACAUCAAAUACCAUUUGGUUUGUUGAGCACCUUUUUGAACACUACGAUGUUAUAGGGGAGAUUCUGCAGCAUGAUGUUCUCUAUUCAACUCAGCUAGAUACGAUUUUAAUGAAGAAAUCUCUCAUGCCAGAAGACAAGAACAAGGCCCUACUCGCUAUUUAUAUAAAAAAAGCAUUAGCGGAACUUAAUUUAACUAUUAUGAGCAAAUGUGAGCAAUACAGCGAUCAGGCAACCAAACAUUUAUUCCGCCUGAACAACAUCCAUUACAUCCUGAAAUCCCUGCAGAGAUCGAAUCUUAUUGAUUUAGUUACAUUGGCUGAACAGGAAUGUGAAAGAAGUUACAACGAUAUGAUUCGUGAGCUGAAGUACUCGUAUCAGAAAACUUGGUCUAGAAUGUUGGGCGGUAUUUCAUCAAUGGACGAAUUACCAAAACCAGUACAUGGCAAAAUUAAAGACAAAGACAGAGCCAUCUUAAAGGAAAGAUUUUCCACAUUCAACAAAGAUUUCGAGGAGGCGUGCAAAAUACAAAGAGGUAUAUCUAUACCGGAUGUAAUAUUGAGGGAGGGAAUAAAACGUGAUAAUGCUGAACAUAUUUUACCCAAAUACAACAAGUUUUAUGAAAUGUAUGUUUCGGUUCAGUUUAGUAAGAAUCCUGAGAAAUACAUCAAAUAUAGGCCACAUGAAGUCAACGCAAUGCUUAGUAAACUAUUUGAUGACUCUGCUUAGAAUAAUCAAAUAAAAUAAACACUGCCGUGUAUUUUAAAAAGACCCCAAUUCCAACUGUUAUUUUAAUUAAUCUUUAUUUGGUCAUACAUGUAUGCUUAUAUUAUUGAUGAUAUGAAACACAUAAUAAUAUUAAUAAAUAUAAAUUCAAUUUUAA